AUGGAACUAUUCAAGUCAGAGCGUCUGCUCUACCGAGCACCAGAGGACUCUGCGGAGGACAAAGAAUUCAUUCACUCCUCCAUCAUCAAUGACAAUACCAUUCAAACAAUGAGCACGAUGCGGCUCAGCCGCCCGGCAAACAAAUCCGCCGCUGAUGAAUUCAUCAAACAAAUGCAUGGAGCCGUUCUGGGAGUGCUUAUAUGUCUCCCUGCUCCAACAUCCGAAGAUAAGACGACCGCAUCUGAGGGCUCAAGUCCAUCCACGACUACCAAGCCAAUUCCAAUCGGUCAUAUGAAUAUAUUCUAUACGCACGGAGCAGAUGCUUCUCAUCACCGGAACGCGAUGAUAGGCAUCUCAUUCGCGGAGGGAUAUCGAGGCAAAGGCUACGGCGGAGAAGCAAUCAACUGGGCCCUUGACUGGGCAUUUAUGCGUGGUGGUUUCCACAGAAUUUCUAUUGGGGCUUUCUCUUUCAACACCAAUGCUUUGAAGCUUUACCGGAAGCUUGGGUUCGUGGAUGAAGGCCGUGACCGUGAAGCUAUAUUCCAUCUUCGGAAAUGGCAUGAUCUUGUCAGCCUUGGUAUGCUGGAGAAUGAGUGGGAAGAAUUGAGGUCUAAGCAGUCGGAGAUUACGCAUGGAGGCGAGUAG